AUGUCGGCCUUCAGUAAACCCUCGCUUCUGCUCACCCAUAAUGGCUAUGCUUUGAUAGCAGCAUUUCUUGGAAUUGCGCUGACUGUGUCGUCGUGUACUGCCUGGUACUUCUACCAGAAGGUGACGCGAGAGUGGGAGCUGAAUCUAUCACUUCUUGGACAUCCUCGUGGAGUCAAGUUUAAACAAACGGUCGUUAUUUGUGGAGGAAGUAUUGCAGGCUUGAUCAGUGCCCGUGUCUGUGCAGACCACUUCCAAAAUGUUGUCAUUGUCGAUCCUGAAAUCACAAAAGCUGGACAGGAAUUUGCGAAGAAAAGAGUGGCCCAAUACGACUCCCUCCAUGCUUAUCUGACAUUUAUGGUCGAUGGCCUUCGCCGUCUAUGGCCUAAUUUGGACCCGAUGAUUGAGCAAGCAGGAGGAGUGUUUCGGCCAGGCGAUUUCAAGCUGAACUUUGGAGGCAUUCCCCUUCUUGCCGCUCAAUCGUCGUAUCCGACAACGAUCAAGACAGCCGCUGGCUUCGAAAAGACCAAUGGCCUCCCUGACACAAUGCUCAUUCGUCGCCCCAAAUUCGAGGCAGUGUUAUACCGGCUACUCAUUGAUUCAAGCGCAAAUUCCAUCCAAACGAUACAAGGAACAGUUACGGGGCUUGUCCCUUCCGACGACAUGUCUGAUAUUCGGAGCGUCAACAUUCGAACAAACGAGGGCGAAGAGAAAACCGUGAAAGAUGUUGCGCUUGUCAUAGAUUGCACAGGUAGCACUCAAGCAGGUAUAAAAUGGUUGAAGUCGGCUGGUUUCAUAUCCUCCCCUGAAUCCUCCUCCGACAAUAAGAGGGGGCCAGACAAUUUACGGAUCAGCUACGACCACAAGCUUCGUUAUGUUACUGUGACAUUCGAUAAUCUUGGAGACCUUGUUCAUACUCUGCCUAUUCCUGGUGGUUUUGAAAAGGCUGGUUUCAUCUAUACCUACUAUGCACACUGCAAGUGGGGUAACGAAGGUUUCGUGCUGACACGAAUGGAUAAUACAAUCCAGCUGUGCUGUGGCGGUUGGGGGGAUGUCCAUCUUCCCAAAGAAAAAGAAGACAUACUUCCUUACGUGCGUUCGGUGAAAGGCGCUUAUCCUGCCCCCCAAUGGGUCCGCAAAGUGGUAGAGAUGCUUCUUGAGAGCGAGCAGAAAGGCGACGCUGUGAUCACCUUCAAGCCACUAAAAAUACCUGCACCUUCGUUUGUUCAAUACCACAAGAUAACGCACCUUUUGCCUUCAAAUUUCAUCGCUAUUGGAGAUUCAGAGAUGCAGCUCAACCCGUUAUUUGCGCAAGGUUGCAGCAAGGCCCUCUUCAGUGCUAUGACUCUGAAUACUGUUCUACACAACCGCGUAGCUAGCAACAGUCCCAAUCAAAUACCGAAGGACUUUAGCACGCUAUACUUUCAGCGCUCGCAUAAUACACUAGAAGAUAUAUGGUCAGUGUUCAAGAAGUCGACCAAAGCAAUAGACUAUGGUUAUCCUACAACGAUCCCGAUCAAAGAGGAGAGCCGCGACAGGGAAGGUGCGGCCGUCCGUUGGUAUGCCUAUCAUGCUGCUCGAGCAGCCGAAAGGGAUGAGGUGGUGGCAUCUGCAUUAUGGCACGUUCGAAUGCUUGCUACGCCGCAAGCAGAACUCUUCAGGCCGAGAGUGAUAUUUGGGGUCCUUAGAUGGGCAGUCAUGAAUGCUAUAUCACAAACGUAA